AUGUCAUUAACACAGCGCCUUCUGCCCUCUGACCAUAAGUCUGUUGAUGCGUCUCUUCAGGACCAGCAGAUGAUCAACACCUUUGCCCGGUUGCACAUGGUUUAUGUGGAGUUGGCAGAGCAGCGCAAGGUUCUCAAGAAGCGUCUCGAUGACAUAGAGAGCGCAUCAGUUGCUCUUUUAGAGCUUGAUGAUACGGAGGUGAAGCCGAUGCUCGCUAUCGGGGCGGCUUUCUUCCCAAACGACUCCAUGGACAUUGAUAACUCGCUGGAGGCUCUAAAGGCAACAGUCUCGCAAGAAUACGAAGUCGUCUCUAAUCGCUGUAGCAAGAUAGAGGCCAAGCUCAAUCAACUACGUGAUGUGCUCCAACAGAAAUUCAAGGGUUCGAUAAACCUAGACUACGAAACCUAG